GUGGAACUGACUGGAAACAGCAUAUAUGAAUACAUUCACCCUUCAGAUCACGAUGAGAUGAACGCUGUGCUUAGCACACACCAACCUCUACACACUCACUUCCUGCAAGAGUAUGAAAUCGAGCGCUCGUUCUUUCUGAGGAUGAAGUGUGUUUUGGCCAAGAGGAACGCAGGCCUCACAUGUGGCGGUUAUAAGGUGAUUCACUGCAGCGGGUACCUGAAGAUCCGCCAGUUCGUGAUGGACGUCUCACUGUACGAGUCGUGUUAUCAGAUUAUCGGUUUGGUGGCCGUCGGUCACUCGCUCCCCCCCUGCGGAAUCACAGAGAUCAAACUCCACAGCAACAUGUUCAUGUUCCGCGCCAGUCUCGAUCUCAAACUCAUCUUCCUAGACAGCAGGGUGGCAGAGCUAACAGGUUAUGAACCACAGGACCUGAUUGAGAAAACUCUCUAUCAUCACGUGCAUGGAUGUGACGUGUUUCACCUGCGAUACGCACAUAAUUUAU